AUGUCCGACGGCGCCGCUCAGGGCGCCGCCCAGGGCGCCGCCGAGGGCGCGCGCUUGCAGACCAGUGAUGCGUGGGCCACGUGGGACGAGGAUCUGGACGUGGAGAUUGUGCCAGCUGCAGGGUCAGACGGAGGAGACACGCAGCCUGAUCGGCAGCCCAACUACGGCGAGCCAGGAUGGCGCUCGCCGUCUCAGGCAGGCACGCAAACAGUCGCAGAUGAGGAGUCGCCGCACGACAUCCCAGCAGAGCAGCCGAACCACGCGAGCCAGGUUGAUGCGCCAGUCGGGGCCCAAGUUGCGGCGCCAGCGGCGGCGGCACCGCCCUCCGCCUGUGGGGCGCCGCCCCCCGCUGGCGAGGCACCGCCUGGCGCCAUCGCAGGGCCGCCCCAGGAGAUGCUGCCCCCAGCGGAGGCAGCGAACGCCCCGCCAUCGCUGAUGUCGCUGAUCAAGUCGCUACAGGACCAGGUGCUCGAGCAGGCGGAGCAGAACAAGAUGCUCAAUCUGAAGCUCAGGGCGGCCGAGGCGGCCAAGGCACUCAAGAUCAACCCGUAUCUGCAUCCACCAGUGCCGACCGAGGAGCAACCAGAGCAGAGGCAGCAACCAGAUGGAGGGCAGCAACCAGAGCAGGGGCAUGUCAUCGACGUCGAGGAGUCACUGCCCAGCAGUGGGGAUGGAGACGAGGAGAUGACGCAGGCGCUGAAGGAGUCGGAGGAGGCCGCCCGUAUUGCCAAGGAAAAGGAGGACGAGGACAACCAGCAGUUGGAGGAGGCGAUGCAGAGAUCGAGGGAGGAGGCCCAGCGACGUGGCAUCAGCGUCAGUCCCGAGAGGGCCCCGAACUCGCCAGGCAAGGCGAGCACUUGGCAGGACCAGCAAGCGGCUUGCGGUCAGCCUGUGCCGACAGAGAUGCCUGUGCCGACAGCGCAGCCUGCCUCGGCAGCGCAGCCUGUGCCGACAGCGCUGCCUGUGCCGACAGCGCAGCCUGUGCCGACAGUGCUGGCUCCUGCAGGAGGCGCGGCCGCGCAGGCACACUUGGAGACACCGCCGAAGAGCAAGCGCCGCCGCAUGCUCACCGACGUCAUCCUGAGCUCCGAGGUGAACUUCCAGAACAUCCUCAAGAAGGCAGAGAAGCCCGAGCUCCUGGGCGUCGAGCUGCACGACCAUCUUAUGGCCAUCUUCCAGGGCAAGCACGUCAAAUAG